UGAGCAACAUGCAGAAUAUAUGAGAAACCAGAGAUGAGCAAGAGUUGACUGUGAGGUAAGCAGCCGCAGCAGUUUUGAGUUGCUGUGCGUGUGAGGAGGAUUUUUGGAUCCAUCCCAUCGCAGGCCAACCUUACAUCUUUGGGCAGUGGGACAAGAAAUUCCUCUGCUGCUGGACUGCCCAAGGAGUCAGCUGACGGGGUGGAACAAGAAGAAAGGAAUGAGGAGGAGGAGCUGCAGGGUUUAUCAGCAGCCGCUCACAGGAGGACACAACCUGCAUGGUGACUUUACUCUAGGCCAGUGAUCAGGAUGCAGAGCGUACAAGAUGAGCGGAGGGAUGAGAGGGAAAGAGGAGGAGGAAGAGGUGAUGAAGAGAUGUUAAUCAAGACGAGAGGGGACCCAAAGAUUAAGAAUGGAGGCGCAGGAGCUGAAGAGGUGGAGGAGUCUCUCAUGAUGGAGCUGACGAAGCUGGUUCAGAAGGUGGUGAAGGAGAGCAGCUGGUGGGAGAGGAGGGGGGUCGAUUGCAGUAUCCUGGCAGCAGCGUUCCUCUGUCUGCCACCUGCCUUCCUGCUGCUGGGCUCCUCGAGGCUUCUGGGGUUUUCUGCGGGCGUCCUGCUGAUGGGCGUGGCUCACGCUGUCAUCACCGUCAAGGGGACACAUCUGGCGAGCCACGGGGCGCUGAGCGAGUCGCAGGCCUGGGGAAGGUUCUGGGCCGUCUUUUUCAUCGAGAUCUGUGGCUCAUUCUCGGCACGAGCCGGGAUUCAGGGCCACAUUAAGAUGCAUCACGCUCACACUAAUGUCAUUGGACUGGGUGACUCCAGCGUGUGGAAGGUGCCCUUCCUACCUCGCAUCAUCUACCUGUUCAUAGCCCCCCUGGCCGUGCCGAUCAUCACUCCGCUUGUUGCGCUCGCUCAGCUCAAAGGACAAUCUUUGGCCCACAUCCUUAGGACCAUCCUGAUGGUAACCCUGGGCCUGUAUUCACAGUACUGGCUGCUCAUCAAUGUCUCCGGGUUCACGUCGCCUUAUGGAGCAUUGCUGUGUAUGCUCGUGUGCAGGGCGAUGUUCUCCGUGCCGUAUAUCCACGUCAACAUCUUCCAGCAUAUCGGUCUGCCGAUGUUUUCUCCAACUCGUCGACCAAAGAGGAUUCACCAGAUGACUCACGGAGUCCUGAACCUGCCGCGAAACCCUCUGCUGGACCGGAUCUUUGGACACGCACUAAUCAACUGUCACGUGGAGCACCAUCUCUUCCCCUUUCUGUCAGACAACAUGUGUUUAAAGGUGAAACCUGUUGUGUCCAAAUACCUGACUGAAAAGCAGCUGCCAUAUCAGGAGGACACCUACUCGUCCCGCCUGCACCUGUUCUUCCACAAAUACCAGGAACUGAUGGUGUUUGCCCCACCCAUCACAGAGCUGGUGGGGGUGCAGUGACAGAGGGAGGGCGAGCAGAAGAAAAAACCUGUUCGGACUAAUGACCUCAGCCGCUCAAAAGCACAAGUAUUUCUGCUGCCGCAGUUUGAACCUCUAACACACGGAAUAGGUCCUGAAUCGAUGCGCAGUUUCUAAUCUUAGGAAAUUAACCCCACGUCUUAACGAUCAUAUCAACUGAAUGAAUAUCCUACACCUUUAGAGCUCAUUUAACACAAAGAAGAAUCAAACACUGACCUGACUGUAGACACUGGGAGCUGAAUUAAACAAAGCUGUGCAGCUGACCUGGGGCCUGCCUCAUGAAUAAAUACAACAAAGUGAGCAUUGUGUGAAGAAAUUGUAGAGUCCUGCUUUGAAAAUCUGAGACAACCCGAGCACUUUGGCUAGAAAUAACCCCAAAAUAAGAAUGUUUCCAAAAGUAGAAUAGAGGACAAUACUACUUUUGGGAACAUCAAUGGAGGGGUGACGACCAUUUGUGUUUUUAAAAAAAGAUGUGACAAGAAAUAACAUAAAAUGUUUAAACUGAGGUUUAAUCUGCACCACAUUUACUCUAAUGUUUAGGCUAUUUAACCAAGUGUGCAGCUCCUUGCUGUAAAAGAGACCCCAAGGGGAGCAGAAGCAAAAAAAAGUCAUGAAAAUACAACCAGUUUAAUAAAACCACAAAAAACUGAUGACCACGUACCCAGGGUGGAGGUGUGGUCUGAUACUGUGGGAAAUGUCUUUGUGUGCAACAGGAUGACAGAGUCAGAACAAAAUCAUUGACAGAUUACUGCAAGCAUCUCAUAUCUCUUAGUACUUUCACUGGUACACUUCUAUUAGGUGUAAAGGAGACAGGUGUAAUUACGUUGCAUUUGGGUGCAGUGGCCUCGGACAAAUAAAUCAAGACUUUUUGUCAAAUCUGUAAAGAGCGUUCAGCAGAAACUGUUGAAUAAGUUUCUUUUUACCUACAGGACAUCAGUGAAUUCAACCCAGGCUGUUCAGAAAUGGUGCUUAAACCCGUAAAGUUUUGCUCACAGAGCACUUGACCCGACACUGCAGGGAAAUCUGAACUUGAUAAGCUAACUUAGCCAGGGGAGGAAUUCAUUCAUAAUAAUCUGCAUCAUGAGGCAGGCCUCUGAUCUCAUCCACUGACCGAUGGCAGAAGUAAUGACAAUGAUUAUUUUUGUUUUUGUUUUUUUUUUUAAAAAAGCAUCUGUAGCUCCUGGACUUGAGGUCAGGGAUGUAAUUGUGUGUGUGUGUGUGUGUGUGUGUGUGUGUGCGCGUGUGUUUCACAUAAUAAAUUCUAACAUGAAGUUACUGAAAUAAAAA